AUGGCGCGCUGGGUGUGCUUUCUUCUGAUCCCCCUCGCAACAGGGAUCCGGUCAAAGAGCGAUACGCCCUGGCCGUGGGAGGAGCAUCCGGCGAGCUCGGCGGAGGAGCUUCAGGAGCUCCUGAGAACCGCGCUGGCGCAGACAAGACCAAAUGAGGCCACCGGGGAAGAGCCUGGCGAUGCAGUAGCACAGGAGGAGGCGCUUAGAGAGCGGAUUGCUAGCAUCAGGAAAGACUGGCAGAGCGCAAGCGCAACCGCUUGCCAUCGGCAGCUGGGGCGGUUGAUAAACAACGUCACGCUUGCAUGCGAAGGCUUGCAGCCGAAAGCCGACUGGCUUCUCGACUACUACGUGCCGGCCCUUCCGAACAAGACGUGUGCCGAGAGCACCAGUGACAUCUUCGCUUUAGGAAGUGAACUUGUGGAAACCCUCCACGUCUCCAGAGAUGCGGUUGCUUCCGUGGAUGUGGCCGGCGAAAUGCUCCGUCGAUAUCAAGCACUCUCCUUUCUGAGGAGCUGGCUGGUGAAGCUGACAGAGACUCGUCAACAUGCAUUGCUUUGGGCUGGCUUCUGGGAUGGGGACCCCGAGAACCGCGCGACCCAGGCCGCACUCUCCAACUUUGCCAAGGCAAUCGAGCACGCGACCGUGCACCCGAACACCUUCCUGGGCCAAGCCAUCGAGGCGAGCGAGAACCUCGACGCCUGCUACCAAGAUGCCCUGACCAGAGCGCUUGCAGGGAACAUGUGGUCCAUCGCAAGCAUGAGCUUCGUGCUCGGGAUGCGCGAAAGGGCACAAGGAACGGUCAUCGCAUUGGUCAACAAGCAGAUCGCGGGCGAGCGUAGCUUGUCGCAGUCUGUGCUGUCCACGCAUGAAAUCCCAACAGUGGGGCUCGCAGCCUGGGGCCUCGGGUUCUGGUCUCCAAAAGUGCUGGUCGUGGACCUCAUGGGCACAUGCGACAAGACGAGCCCUGCGCUGCAGAAGCGGCUCCUAGCCCGCCUGCCGUCUUGGGCCAAGUCCAUGACGAACUGGAGCCCAGAAGCCUUCGCGACGAGGUCGCGGCUCCAGUGGCAGUGCAUCGACUGCUCGGGCGCUUGCAGCCUGGACGAGGCCUUGGCAAGGCACGUGGAGAAGCUGGUCGAGGCCAAGGAGGAGCAGGACCAGAAGGACCAAGAGCUCCGCCAGGUCGUGAGUCCGGAUCUCGCAGCCCUGGCUGCCACCAAGCUCAGCAAAGAAGAGGUGGGCCUCGCCGACCAGCUGUUAAGGUCGGACAAAAACUCGGGUCAGUUGCUUGUUAGGUCGUUGAUCAAGCUGUACAACCACAGAGAGGUGCUGGAGAAGGAGGUGCAAAGCGUCUUCAUGAAGGCGGUUCCUUUGCGAAAACUUGCUGGCCCGGCUCGGCUGUCGCGGGCGAGGGAACUCCUCCAGCGGAAUGCCGAUCCGAAUGCGGGCGACGAGUUUGGCUGCACAGCCCUCAUGUGUGCUUCAUACAAAGGAGACCUAGAGCUGGUUCGGGCCUUGCUGGAUGCAGGAGCGGAGCUGGAGGUCCGCAAUGCGGUAGGCUCCACAGCCCUCAUCUAUGCUGCAAGCAAGGGUGAUUUGGAGGUGGUGGAGGUGCUGGUGGAAGCCGGAGCCCAGCUGGAGACUUGCAACCAGGAAGGCAGCACAGCCCUAAGGUCGGCUGCCAGCAAUGGUCAUAUGCAGGUGGUGGAGGCGUUGGUAAAGGCCGGAGCCCAGCUUGAUACCCGCAAUGAGCAAGGUCUCACAGCCCUCGUGUCCGCUUCAUACAACGGCCACUUGAAGGUGGUGGAGGCAUUGGUGAAGGCCAGAGCUCAGCUGGAUGCCCGGAGUGACGGUCUCACAGCCCUCAUGUCCGCUUCAUACAACGGCCACUUGAAGGUGGUGGAGGCUUUGCUGAGGGCUGGUGCCCAACCGUAA